AUGGCCGCCGAAGCUGCUGCUCAAGCCAAGAGAGAUACUGCUGCUGAGGAUGAGGAGAGAAAGGCAAGCAAGAAGUUUGCAGAUGCUCAAGAGGCUGGCGACUGCCAUGGCUGGGAAGAUCUGGCUGCUGCUGAGGCCGCUCGCAAGACCACUUGGCACGAAAGGCGCAAACUUGUCGCAUCCGUCCUGCUUGCUGGUCAACUAUUAGAUUUUGGCUUGCACGGUAAUGGUAUCGGGCCCGGAAAGGAUUAUGAAAUGUGGAGUCACGUGCACACCCUUGAACUCAGCGCCCCUAGAAAGACCAAUAUGAAUACGAAUUUGUAUCAUCCGGGACCGAAACCCGCUGUCGUCAACCUAGUUCGGUUCGUGUGGGCUGAGGCCACCCGAACUAUAUACGGCCGGCUCCGAUUCGGUCUCCAUCCCGGACACCUCGCGCAGAUGUUCCACGAUGGCUACGUGCGAGGAUCUGAACUGGGCGACGACUACAUCAUGGCCUCCCACUCGCUGGCUAACGCGAUGCUCACCAACUUGGAGAACAAGAUGGUGUUCAGGCACCUGCCGCCAUUCGAGCAAUACCUGGCCACCAUCUACUACGACCCGCUCAAGAAGAUGGCCUUUGAGAUUGCCAUGUACCACCGGUUUGAGAACGAGUUCACGUUGAUGUGGGCGUACAUGGACGAGUUCAUGUACGAGACUCUGGUAACAGCAGAUCCGCUGAACGAGUCUGAAGUCCAAUGGUUACGAUCUGCCGAGUUGGUCAUCCGCAGAGAGGUCGAGGACCACUACCAAGGCAAGUUCUCCUCCCAAAACAUGAGGCUCCUCACGCAGUACGAGGAGCAAGAGGAGAGGGAGCUGGCAGAGGAUCCGAGAAGGCGUGCCACGCUCUUCAUCCAAGGCUACGAGAUGGACCCGUUCGGCCCGCGGGAGAGAUGGUCGUCGUGGGAAGGUCCCGGGGCGUGGCCCGAAUCUUAUACCAAGCCACCACCGCUACCAGACCUGGUCCCGACACCAUCACCACGUACCGCCAGAGUCGCCAGCCCGGCGGGUGGUAUCAAGGCUCGCGAGGAAAUAGAAGCCGGCACAGCUGCAGAGACUGCCCAGGGUCUUCGGAACGCAGCCCACCAUCACCCCGCCGUCGGCGCCGAUCUGAUCCCCCAGCGGUCGGUAGCCCCUCUCCCCUUCCCACCACCAGUAACCCCCAAGAACAAAACGCUCUACCCACCUCUCGCCGCCGAGCUUCCUUCCAGAGAAUUCCGAAACCGCCCUUUCAGCCACAACGCGUCGCCCAAGAGACGCCGGCGCCCACCUCCGAGAUCCCGGCCGUCCAUCAAGGUCAGCAAAGAGGAGCCGCUUCCGGAAGAUCAUGCAAGAGCGUGGGCUAAUGAAGACUUCUCGCAACAGGUUCCCGUCGACCCGCAACCACGUCCUGAACGCGACGAGCGAGACCACUACGAGUCGGAUUUCGGGGGCUGGAGUGGCCUUGCACUUUGGUGGAGCUGGACGUGUGACCGCUUUUGA